AUGGCCUCCGCCAUGGAAGCCCUUGUCCUCUACCCAGCUACCCACAAGACAGCUGUUGUUGAUGUGCCAAAGCCCAUGCCUGGCCCUGGAGAGGUUCUCGUCCGCAUCCAUGCCGUUGCGCUUAACCCGGUCGACUCAAUCUACGUCACCCACCCUCUUGCCACCCAGAAGCAGCGUGUGCUGGGAACCGACUUUGCGGGUGUCGUGGAAGCCGUUGGACCAAGCCCCAUCCCCAACUCGCCUGCUGUCGGCACCCGCGUGGCUGGCUUUGUCCAAGGCGCUUGCUCGGUGAACGAACUGCCUGGAGCAUUUGCACAGUACGUCGCGCUCCCAGCCGACCUGGUGUGGACGGUCCCCAAGGCCAUGUCGCUCGAGUCGGCGUCGACCAUCAGCAUGUGUGGUCUCACUGCUGCGCAGGGAGUAUUUGCUCGCCUCCGACUCCCAGCCCCCUUCCCCGUCCCUGACGUGUACAAGGCCAAGACGACGACCAACGCAGACCCUGUCAACAUUCUCGUCUACGCAGCCUCGACCUCGUUGGGAAUGUACAUUGCGCAGUGCUUGCGUGCGUCGGAAAAGGCGUCUGGACGCAAGAUUCGCAUGAUCGGCACCGCGUCACAGUCAAAGCACGCCUUGCUCAACGCACCUCCAUACUCGUAUGAUGCCGUCAUUGACUACCGCCACAAGGACUGGCCCAAAAUGGUGCGUGAGGCCACGACUGGUGGAAACGGUGUGCAAUACGCAAUCGACUGCAUCUCUGAAGGCGCGACUGUGUCUGGCGUUGAGUCUACGUUUGAGGCCAGCAUCCAUGGUGAGGGCCACUUUGCAACGUUCCGCGCACCGGGCGGGGCUGGUGGAGGAUACGACGUAGGCAGCCUCAAGGUCAAGCCCACGUACGGUGCCGUCUGGGAAGGGCAAGGCGUCGAAGUCGACUAUGGAGUCUUUAAACUGGCGCCCAACGCUGCCGCCAAGGAAUUGGCAGUCGAAUUUUACCAGUAUCUGUCCUCUCAAGACGGGAACUUUGUGCCAAACCCGGUACGGCUCAUGCCUGGUGGCCUGGACAAGAUUGUGCCCGACGGGUUUGCCCUCUUGGGAUCCAACAUGGUUUCGGCUCGAGACGAGGGACCUGCGCGUACGGAAGCCCACAUGAAGCCCAUCAGUGGCGAGAAGCUGGUUUACGUGAUUGAGGAGGAGUAG